GCCCCCGGGCCGGCCCCGCCGCCGCCCUCGCCGCCUCCAUCCCGCCCUUCCUGCUGCCUUGCCGGCCCUCGGCCCCUACAGCCCCGCUGUCCCUCGCUGGCGACGGCCCGGCGGCUCCCCCUCCCGCCGCCCGUGGCCCCGCGGGAGGAUGUCGGAGGAGCCCGAGAUGGACAAGACGAUCAAGGAAACCUCCAUUUUAGAGGAGUACAACAUUAACUGGACGCAGAAGCUGGGAGCUGGGAUCAGCGGUCCUGUUAGAGUCUGCGUGAAAAAAUCCUCUCAAGAACGCUUUGCACUGAAAAUUCUUCUCGAUCGCCCAAAAGCUAGAAAUGAGGUACGUCUGCACAUGAUGUGUGCAACACAUCCAAAUAUUGUUCAAAUUAUUGAAGUUUAUGCUAACAGUGUGCAGUUCCCACAUGAGUCCAGCCCAAGGGCUCGGCUCCUAAUUGUAAUGGAGAUGAUGGAAGGGGGAGAGCUAUUUCACAGAAUCAGCCAGCACCGGCACUUUACUGAGAAGCAAGCAAGCCAAGUAACAAAGCAGGCAACUUUGGCUUUGCAGCAUUGCCACUCAUUAAACAUUGCACACAGAGACCUCAAGCCCGAGAAUCUCCUCUUCAAGGAUAACUCUCUGGAUGCACCCGUUAAAUUGUGUGACUUUGGAUUUGCCAAAGUAGACCAAGGUGACUUGAUGACACCACAGUUCACUCCAUAUUAUGUAGCACCUCAGGUAUUAGAGGCACAAAGACGGCAUCAGAAAGAAAAAUCUGGUAUUAUUCCCACCUCUCCGACACCUUACACUUACAACAAGAGCUGUGACUUGUGGUCCCUGGGUGUCAUUAUUUACGUGAUGCUGUGUGGAUACCCUCCGUUUUACUCCAAACACCAUAGUCGGACAAUUCCAAAGGACAUGCGGAAAAAGAUCAUGACAGGAAGUUUUGAAUUUCCAGAGGAAGAGUGGAGCCAGAUCUCAGAAAUGGCGAAAGACAUUGUGCGAAAGCUGCUGAAGGUCAAACCCGAGGAACGACUGACUAUUGAAGGUGUCCUGGACCAUCCCUGGCUCAACUCCACUGAGGCGCUUGAUAACAUCCUGCCCUCUGCCCAGCUGAUGAUGGACAAGGCGAUGGUUGCGGGGAUACAGCAGGCUCAUGCGGAACAGCUUGCGAACAUGAGAAUCCAAGACCUCAAAGUCAGUCUCAAACCCCUUCACUCCGUCAACAACCCAAUCCUGCGCAAAAGGAAAUUACUGGGCACGAAGCCAAAGGACGGUGUUUAUAUCCAUGACCCUGAGAAUGGAAGUAACGAUUCCAACGUGGCUCUGGAAAAGCUCAGAGAUGUGAUUGCUCAGUGCAUUCUACCCCAGGCUGGUAAAGGAGAGAAUGAAGAUGAGAAACUGAAUGAAGUGAUGCAGGAGGCGUGGAAGUAUAAUCGAGAGUGUAAGUUGCUGCGAGACACUCUUCAGAGCUUCAGCUGGAACGGCAGAGGAUUCACAGAUAAAGUGGAUCGACUAAAACUGGCAGAAAUAGUAAAACAAGUUAUCGAAGAGCAGACAAACUCCCAUGACUCUCAAUAGCUGGAGCUUCUUGAUCUUAUUUUUUUUACCAUUUAAGAUUUAUUCUUUAACUGUAAAAAGUAUUUUUAUGUAAAUUAAUAAAUCAUAAUUAUUUCAUUAAAUUUCCAUACUGCUUGAAAAUGCUGUAUAGUUGUAGAUACAAAAAAAUCAUUGGUACUGUAAUAUUUUUUUAAAACUCAGUUCCUUGAGGUAUAUAUGAUCACUUAUGUACUGUCAAUCAUGAGUUCCCCAGACGGGGCAAAUUAUAUUGUUAAAGACCGUUUUUUUUCUUAAUAACCAGUUGCAGAAGCUGCCUUCCAUCUGCUAUACAUACAGCCAGCUGCAAUGACUGUGUAUGUUAACGAGACAGUUUCCCAACACCCUGCUCAGUAAGUACUUGAAGCAAGUGAAACAAACUUCCGAGCUACCCGUUGCGCCUGAAUUCUGAGUCUUUAUGUAGAGGCAACUAAUUAGCCGCCUGUUUCGCUAGGUGACCCGAGAGCCACAGAUGGCCUUGCCAAAGCCACCUGAGUCCAUGUGCUUGCUGCAUUUUUCAGUUCUGAUCAGUAGCCCUCUUUGAUUUUUCUUUUUCCCCAUUUUCUUCGGACCUUCACUAAGGCUUAGUCCUUCUUUCUUCUUCACAAUCUUCCUCAGACCUUUUUUAAGGCUGAAUUGGCCAUUCAGCAUAAGACUCCUCUUUUAAUCAUACUGUUCAACAGCAGAACAGAAGAACAUUCUAAUUACUUAUGUGUAAGUUAUUUUUAUUUUCAUGGUGGAAUCUUCUAUGGACAAGAAGCUGGGGGUUCAUUUGUGUUAGCCCCAGAUCAGCAGUUGUGUGUUUUCCACCCAUGUGCUCUACUCUUUCCUUUCUAGAAGAUCUGACACUUGGUUUCAACCUUGUCCUCUUGUUGGAAAGAGAUCAUCCUGGCAAGGGUCACAGUGCUGCUGUGUCAAUCCACCGGUGACGCUUCUGUGUCACCCUCUGGAGUCUGAGCUCCUCAUCUCUGAUGCCUUCGAGCUCCUUCUGGGGAGUGAAUGAUGUGGGGCUGCUCCUUGGGACGCGUCCUGCUGCUGCCCGCACCGUGAGGCUGCCCAGGGCACAUUCUUACACUAGUCUGGAACAUUGGCUCCGAAACCUGCUUUUUUAAAAAUUUUAAUUAAACGAACAAAUGAAAAAGAUCUGUACAUAUUUCUAGUUUUCUACCUUCUGAUGCUUUUCUUUCUUUUGAGACUGGUCGAAGGCUUUUUAUAGAGAUAUUUUGGUACUAAACCUGUGCAGACGUUGAAUGAGUUCGGUCUGCAGACUGAAGUGCCAAUUCAGGGCUAUUAGUAAAGACUCUUGAACAUUAUUGUUAUAUUUCAUAGCUCUUUAAUUUUGGGUUUACAUUUACAAACCUGAGCCAUGAAUCCCCCAAUUUACUCUUAUUGCAAUCCAGCCUUGUUCUUUUUUGUCUUUUUUCUAUACCAGACUUCCUUGCAACUUUUAGCUUGGGUGGCAAACCAAUGUCUUGACUCUUUCUAUAGAAUUUUAUAAGCAGUGACUUAGUUUUUCUACAUGAAGGAGAUACUUCAUUUCCCAUUCUUUGUCAGCGUUCUUUUAAUCCUGUCGACAGUUUUCCAACGCCUGAUUUAUUGCAGAGUGAGAACCACAAUCCCUGCUUAACCGUCUCUGAUGGGAACAGGGAGGCUUUGAUUCAGCCAGAAUUGUACCUCUGACACUACAUGGAGUAUUUGUGCACUGACAUGUAUCAACGAUGGCUAGAGAUAUAGCAAGAGAUGAGUAUCUGUAAUUUCUCAGUAGUCUCAGCAAGUUUGCAGGCCCUAUUAUAUGCAUUUCUGUCCUUGGCCUCAAUUCUAGGUCAUGUCAACAUCCAUGCAAUCUUUAAAUGUAAUAGAUAAUUUCCUUUUUAACUUGAAAUCCAUGUGUUUUUUUUCUGAGAAAUCUCAUUGUUCUGAAGCUUUUAAGUGUGGCAAGUAGAGAAAUAGAGAAGGAAAUCACCUUUGUUUGAAUGGGAGUGUAAAAAAUUCCCCACAAAAGCACUUUGCAACUCUGCCCUCCGAGGAGGAAAAAGAAUUUGACCGGUUUCUUGGUAGCCAGAACUUUUUAGCAGAAGAAUGGAUCAGAUUGUAUCUAUUUUCAUGGUUAAUAUGGAGUGUGGUCAGCAGAUACCACUGAUAGGAUCCAAACACCUUCCACGGCAGAAUAAUUUCCAGCUGUUACAGGCGGUGAGGUGGGUACGUCUGCGACUGACCGUGGUGUGUUUUGGUGUCUGGAAGGAAGUCCAAUUUCUAAAGGCUUCUGUGAAUAAGGAACCGCUUUUUGUGGAUUUAUUGUAGAUUUAUUGUGUGUGAUAAAUAAGAAUGGCCUGAGCUAAAACAGAUGUAGGGAGAGACAGAUUAAGAUAACACAAUUUGAAGAUUCAAGGUCAAAUGAUUUUAUUUCUAUGAGAAAGCUGAUUAUUUUACUCUUUAAAAAUUUAAGUUAUGCUUUAGAUUUCAAAAUUAAUUUAAUGGGUUGACUUACAUAUUUUUAAAGUAGUAUUUUACUUUCUCCUUCCUGUGUUUAUAAUUUUUUCAGCUGACAUAAAUGCAAGAUACCUUGUCUUGAUUAUAUAAGGUUUUACUUGGUAAUAAAUCUACUGAUCGUUUAUAGAAGACUGUGAAUAUUGUAAAUAUCUUGAGAUGGAAGGGUCGUGUGGGAUCAAAGAAGACAUUCUUUGUACAAACACUAAAAGGAUAUGAGAAAGCUCUGUAGGUUGGUUUUUUUUAGAAUUUUAUUUAAGAGAAAAAUCUCCAAAAUCAUUUGACCUUUUCGAAAUUUUAUGUAUAUCUGACUUCUCUUGUGACUUGAUUAUUUUAAGCUAUAUAUAUGAAAAAGUUAGAAGAACUUGACUAGGCAAAAGAGUUUUUGAUUGGAAAUAGCAACAUGUCAAAGUUUUGCUGUCGUUACUUCAAGUUUUUCUUUUGGAAAUCUUGAGUCUGUCCUCAUGCCAUGUUCAACUUCUGUGGAGUAAAACGUUUUCAUUUCUCCUUUUCAGUGUUACCUGCAAUAUGUUAGUUUAUUUUGGAUCAGUAUUAUAUUGUAAAUAUUACGCAUCGGUGUAUAUAAAUGAUUUUACUAAACUUCAAA